CGAGAUGGACGGGGGCGCCGCUGUGCGAACAAUGUGGCUGCUGAUUGGCGCUGGCUCCUCCAAUCGGCGGUUUCCUUUCAUCCGGCGGCGAGGCGAAGGGGGCUGCGUGUUUCCGGAAGACGUGGCCGCUGCAGCUGCCUUUUAUCAGCCCCGCUCCCGCCGCCACCAUGAUCUCCCUCUCCGACACCCAGAAGAUUGGAAUGGGGCUAACAGGCUUUGGAGUUUUUUUCCUUUUCUUUGGAAUGAUACUCUUCUUUGACAAAGCUCUUUUGGCUAUUGGAAAUGUUUUAUUUGUGGCUGGCUUGUCUUUUGUUAUCGGUUUAGAGAGAACAUUUAGAUUCUUUUUUCAAAAACACAAAAUGAAAGCGACAAGCUUUUUCCUGGGUGGUGUGCUUAUAGUUCUCAUUGGCUGGCCUUUAAUAGGAAUGAUUCUUGAAAUUUAUGGGUUCUUCCUAUUAUUCAGGGGGUUCUUUCCUGUGGUGGUUGGCUUUAUUAGAAGAGUUCCAGUUCUUGGAUAUCUUUUGAAUUUACCUGGUAUAAGCUCGCCUACGUAGGCUCAGAAGAGAAUCCACAGUAAUGCUUGUAGAUAAAGUUGGAGAAAGCAACAACAUGGUAUAAUGGCAAGAGGGAAGAAGACUGACUGAACUUAACUGUAUUAUUUAUAAAAUCCUUUUGAAGACUACUCAGCACAAAGAUUAAGUCGUGUACAAAGGAAAAGCUUGUUACAUUCUUAAGUUUAAUUUAAAAUGUAUAGUCAACAAUAUACAUUAGAAAAGAAGCUAAGCAAGAGUAUGCUUCUAGGAAAGUAACUCCAGAGGUCAGAGAGUAAACCGAAGAGGUGAAAGUCAUGGAAUAACCCAUGUUAUAACUUGUUUGAGACCAUUUUUGUCAGUUUUGGGAAACAUGACAGAGGCGAUGAACCCUUGUGGAGUUAACAGUGCCUGUACUUUACCUUCAAAAUAAGGAGGUAGAGUAGAACAAACAGGCCUGUGUUUUUAAAGGUGGCCCAAACUUACCCAACUCUCUGCUUGCUAUCCUCAGAGUGAAGAAAAAAUAAAAAAAAUUAUAAAUGGAAAACUUCUUGUAUAACAAGAGCUGCGUCUUUGCGUGACGGUUCAGAUGACUAUUCAUCUUUAAGUGUACUGGCAAAAAAACUCUAAAACUCCUAAACGGUUGUCUUGUAAACAUUUUUUUUGUACAUAUGUGGCUGAAGUAAAACAUUGUUAUCCUAAUGUUUCAAAGCCAAAUUAAGUUGAUUGUAUUUGCCUUCCCUUUUGGAAUAUGCAAAAGGUCAAUCUUUAACUUCAGUCAUGAAUGUUGAUUCUGUCCAUGUGGAGCUCAACAGGGGAUUCUGGGGACUGACUUGCGCUCCUUCCAGUUUGUUCUCAUUGAGUCAUGUUAUGUGUGCAUCCAGAUGAGAAUGUAGCCCCUUGUCACUAAGAUGAAAUCUUUCUGAAAUAUGCUUAUUUCACAAAAAAAAGCUUUUGGUUAAGGUGCUGAUGUGGACCCUGUGAAAUGUAUCUUAGCAGAAUUUGAACCUUUGUUUUCAAGUAGUUGGAGGCUAAAAGGUUUUUGUUUAGAACUACAAUUUGACUUUUUUUAAGGUAAUAAAAGGAAAACUUAAAGUUCUGUGUAUGUGAGUCUCUGGGGAGAAAAUUGAUGGGGCUAACUGCAGAUCAGAUCAAGUGCCACUCUCUGUGUGUUUUGUAUCAUGUUGCUUGGGUUAUCUUGAAAUAAUUUUAAACUCCUAUCAGUCACAGCAGCUACUUUGUUGUUGCAGCAAUUCUUAGCUAACCUGGAGUAAAUGUCCUCUGCCAGGGUCACUGUUUUGCUUCUAUUGAAAUGCUAAAACUUUGUGCACUUUCAAUAGAUUUAGUUCUGUUGGGUCCUCACCUAACAAAAUGGGAUCAUUUCAGUAAUUUGCAUUUGUGCAGGCUUUAAGGGUUUGUGUUGUGUUUAUCUUUCUUUUCCCAUAAAUGUAAUCAUAAAAACAAGAAUAAAACCGACCAAAAUACAGUGGUAGUGUUUCAAGUAGCUAGGAGUCUUAAAGAUUAAAUGAAUGGAGUUUGGUUUUGGUUUAUUCAUUAUUAAGCAGUUAAAAUUGGUAUUUUCCAAAAUAAGAAGAAUCCUUGUAUACCAACUGUUUUGGAAGUUGCUGUGAAGUUUACUUCUGCAAAGCAUUUUUUAUUUUCAUUGCAACUGUAUAAAUAGCUACAGUCUGCCAUUCCCAAGUUUUAAUUUGCUUCCCUCUCAAGACAGGCACAAAGCUACUCAGUGAAAAGAAAAAAAAGCCAUUUAUUUACAAUAAAUAUCAUUUUAAAAAUCAGUGAUUUUAUAAAUGGCAAAAAAAAAAAAAAAAAUACUAUAUUUGCCUGGUAGCAUGUGCAUUGUAGUUUACAGACAGGACUAAGUAUGACUCGUGGCUUCUACCUCAAGAGAAAAAUGAAUUUUAACUGCACUUGUAGAUCUGUUGUGUGUGACUAGACAAUAACACUACUGCAGUUUAGCAAACACCUUGUUUGCUUUACUGGGGAGCUAGUCUGUAUGUGGGAAUCAAGCAGUGUUCGUUUACAUUAGAAGCCAGCUCCCUCAAGCUGUAUAUUCUUAUCUUUUGAAAAGCUAUGUGAUGGGAAAGGUGGAUUGCACCAGAUUACUAUGGAGCUCUGACUGAAAGCAAAUUGCUUGGUAAGCUAAAGUACUUUUGUCAAAAAGAAAGCUUAAUGAUAUCCUUCAGAAGUGAUGAAUGUAUUGCUGCACUUUUAGUCCACUGAAAUGCAGCAAUGCAGGCAGUUCAUCACUUCUGAUUUAAAACAAUUAAAUAGAAGUCAAUUUCUGUCAGAUGUGAGCUAUUGUGAAAAGUGUCUGAGGGAGCAAAAUUGAAUGUGGAAUCUAAAUUCAUCCCUCAAAGUAAUGUUGCUUUUGAGACAGUUUGGCCUAGAAAAAUGUGGGUGGCAGCAAAGAUCAAUACAACUUAGCCUUAAAGUGUUUCUGUCAUUGUGAAAAUAUCUUUAACAGAAACAUGCUUGAAGCAUUUCCUCUUUGAAAUAUAAUUUAUAAUUGCUGCUUUCAAAAUUGUAAGGAUGGGUCUUAUUCUGAGCAAAUGAAUACUGUAAAUAUCCUUGUCAUACCUUGAAUAAAUGGGUACCUUUUUCUAUAA